AUGCCUGACGUAUGGCGGAUUCCCGAACUCGCAACGCACAUAAUUGGGUUUUUGCCAGACACAGAUGCGAAGCGCGUCUUGCAAUGUUGCCGUCGCGACUUCGAGCUUGCAGUUGGACGAGCGUGGGAAACGACGGAGACGCAAGACUUACACAAACUGCUGAAGGUGCUAUCUAUUGCGACGAAUAAGGACCAUGCUCUGGAGCGACUGAGAAUGUAUAUGCGCUUGAUCAAGACGUUGGACUUGUACUGGGAAACAUACCAGGACGAGGCCGACGAGUGCAUAAGGUUACUGCAUGGUUGGCUACUUGAAACUGUCGAAUUUCCCCUGCUUCCCUCUCUUCGUUCCUUGCAAAUAAGUCUGGCUUCACAAGAACGCAUGGAAGUGGCGACGAUGCUCAUCCAGCCGACACUGCAAUCCUUCACCAUCGAUGAUCAGACCAUUUUUUGCAAACUUCCCUGGCUGGCCAUGGGUUAUCCAAGAGGAUACCCAUCCGAACUCUGGGAAUCCCCCUCAUUCAAAGCGUUGAAUGGGAGGCUGGCGUUCACAAGCAACCUGACCGAAUUCAAGUGUCUCGAGGGUUACGCGUACUUCGACGAUGACGAAAUGUUCCACAGCACUUUUGCAAACCUUCCCAGCCUGACUGCCAUACACUUCAGGGCCCUUCUUGGACGAAAGACAAAAUUGCUACCGUCAUAG